AUGAACUACUAACAAAAUGGUCGUUUGUUGUUGUUUUUGCACGGGCGUUGAAACAAUUCCCCGCUGUAUAUAGCAUUAAACAAUCGCCAUCGCGAGUGCUGCAACAAUUUACAUCAUUUACAUUUACAUAACGCACGCGGCGGGCCAACGAAAAUAUGUAAUAGCAAAAUCGGCAAACGAAAAACGCGUAUGGCGAAAAAUCGGGGAGCACCCAAAAAGGGAAAAAACGGCGAAUUGGCGACAACACCCAGCGUACAAAAUCCAUAGAUGGAUAAAUAAAAGCCACUGCGUUCAAUUUGUUCCUAUUUAAGUGCUUAUUAAUUCAUUUACUUGCCUAUUUGAGCUGCAAUUAAGUACCCACCGAUCGAACUUUUGGCGGCGAGGAGGAGAACAAAGCUUUCCGGGCUCUUGGCCAUGUCAUGUGGCGAGAAUUGCGACAGCUGCCACCACCGACGACGUCGUUAAUCCAACUCGGCGCCUGCAUUAGUCACUGGAGGAAUGAGGAUGACAGCCGGCCCAAGGGAACGGCGCCAGCGAAACGAACCAGAGACCGAGCCAGAACCGAAAGCCAGAAAACCAGAACCAGAAGCGGAAGCAGAAGCGACGAAGCAGCCCAAAGGCAAACAGUUAGCCAAUUAAUCUAGUAGUUAGCGAAGAAAUCCCGGUGCGGGUGCGCCGAAACGAAAGAUGUUCAAGAUUAGGCAGCGCAACUGUAUGCUGAUUGUGACGGUCCUGGUGCUGGCGCCCUGCAUUGUGAUCCUGAUGGUGAUGGGACCCGAACUAUCCACCGAACAGUCGCUGACACAGCGGCUGGCCGAAUGCCAUAUGCGGCUGCAGUACCUGGAGUCGAUGUACCGUGCCCGCCAGGAGGACGUCGCCCUGCUCUCCCAGUACCUUGGCCAAUUGCAGACCGUCAAUGGAACGGCGGCCAGUGCUGCGCCGCCGCCGCCACCUCCCCUGCCGGUGGUCAAUCUGCUCGACGGCCUGAGUCCCGAGGCGAGGCAACUGCUGCGGAACGCCUCGCACAUCAGCAAGGGUGGUGGGGCCAACGGUUCAAUGGCCCGGAGUCAGAACAUCCGACUGCCGAAUGCCUAUCACUUCCUGCCGCAUCUCCUCGACGAUGCGGGCUCCCUGCGUCCGGCGUACUUGCAAAGCAAGGGUCGCUCGGAUGUCAGCAUCGUCCUGGGCGUGCCCACCGUGCGGCGGGAGAAGCAGUCCUACCUCCUCGGCACCCUCCACAAUCUCAUCGAGAACAUGAACGAGGAGGAGCAGAACGAAACGCUGAUCAUUGUUUAUAUUGGCGAAACGGAUCUGGAAUCGGUGCAGUUUAUUGCUCGGCAAAUCGAGACGAGUUUCGAGCAGCACGUGGAGAGCGGACUGAUUGAUAUUAUAGCACCUGCUCCCAGUUACUAUCCCAACUUCGAGCGACUUCGCAUCACCUUAAACGAUCCUUUGGAGCGGGUUAAAUGGCGCAGCAAACAGAACUUGGACUUCGCCUACCUCAUGGCUUAUGCGCACUCGAAGGGAACCUUUUACGUUCAGCUGGAGGACGACAUCCUGACCAAGCGGCAGUUUAUCACCACAAUGAAGAAAUUCGCCUUGAUCAAGAGCGCCUUGACCAAACCCGAUCAGCCGGCCUGGUUUGUUUUGGACUUCUGUCAGCUGGGAUUCAUUGGCAAGAUGUUCAAGAGUGCGGAGUUGCCUUACCUAAUUACCUAUUUCCAAAUGUUCUACAAUGACAAACCAGUGGAUUGGCUGCUUACCUACUUUAUAGAGUCCAAGGUUUGUCGAACGGACAAGGAUCAGAAGCAUUGCAACCAGGAGAAGGCAAAGUACUGGCAGCACUUUCGGAAAUCCCUAUUCCAGCACAUUGGCACCAGUUCCUCGCUGAAGGGAAAGGUCCAGAAGCUGAAGGACAAGCAGUUUGGCAGCAAGGUGCCUCAGUAUUAUGCCCAUACGCAUAAUCCGCCGGCUUUGGUCAAGUCCAACAUUGCUCCGUAUAAGAACUAUCUCCUAAAAAGAGCCUACAAGGGAGAAUCCUACUUCUGGGGAUUGCUGCCGCAACCUGGCGACUUGGUGCAGAUUAUAUUCGAACGACCCACGCAACUGAGGCGCUAUCUGUUCAGGAGUGGAAACUCGGAGCAUCCGUCGGACAGAUUCUACAACACCACGGUGGAGCUGCUGCCGGUGGACACGCUGAGCGAGAACUCCUCCGUUUGGAGCAACUACAACACCACCACGGAUGGCUAUCUAGUGGUGGGUGCCUUCGAUAGUUUAGGCGUGGCCGAGGGUCUGUUGGACGUGAAGAUCGGUCCCAUCAAGGAGUUGCGCCUCCACGUGCACAGCGACAGCGAGAAUUGGGCUCUGCUUAGUGAGAUUGAGCUGCAGGAGUGGGCAAGCGAUCCCAAGUCGGAGACGAAUGCCGCAAAGCCGCGGUUUGUGGCGGGCAGCUGAUUGCUACAUCGCCACCGGCAGCGACAGGACUGGGAGGAAUAGGAAGCGAACUCCAGUGGACCCCUAAGAACCUCCUCCGGUUAAUGUCCAAUCUAAUCCCCAUCCACAAUUUGUCUAUAUCUGUUGGGAUUGGGUCGAUGGCGUUGCGAAAAAGUCGUGGGAAUCCAAACUAAUUGCUUGCGAAUCUCUUGAGAAUCGUUAACAAAUGAUUUUGAUUUUGCAUACAAAGAUGUAUUUAUUGUCUACUUGAUUACUAGACUUUUUCACCUUUUUUUUUUGCAUUGCAACAAUGUCGAUCCAACCCAAUGUCUGUACAUCUGUGUGUAUAUUUUUCGAAUGAUGCUUUUACCCUCGAAUAUCUCAAUGUGUAAAUAAUCUCCCAGAACGUAACGCUCUUGCUCUCUCGCUAACUUGUAAGUGAUUAUCCCUAGCUAUAGGAUUUAUAUUCGACUGCAGACCGAUGAUAUGGCGACUAUCCCCCAGAACCAAUUUGUUAGGGUUUCUUUAACUUAAGCGUUACAAAAAAUCUCUGCAAUAUUUUCGGCCUGCAGUCCGCCAUGAGUCUUAUUUAGUGUCCCCGAGCUAUCAGUGUAUUUUUGCGUAUAUCCAUAUGGAUUUGAUAUACUCCAAGUGCCCCUUCCAUUUUUUCGUGGUGGUUAAACCUAUUGAUAUACAUAUACAUUGUGCGGAUCAAGUUGUGGGCUAUGUAACUGAUGCGGUUUCCCUAUAUUAUUACAUAACGAUUUACGAUUUAAUUUGCUUUAUUUAUAAGUGUUAACCUCAUUCUAUCGGCAGCUGAAAAAAACACACAUUCCAAUUAAUUUUGUUUCCAUUUGCUGAAUAUCCAAGUGAUCAAGAAUCUCGAACUCGCUGAAAUCUUUUCGAUCAAUAAUCAACAUUAUCGAUCUAUGUUACACACCUAAGUUUAUUGGUUAAAAGUAUUCCUCCACUAUCUAAUAAUUAUUUAUGUUAAUUUUAUGAAUUCAUCCAGCAUGCUUAAAUCAGUUAUAUAUAGCCACCUCCUUGAACAUGAAGCCAUAACUACAUAAAUAUAAUAUGCAUUAACAUAAACAUUACAGCAUAAUAUAACGAAACGAUUUUUAGCAUUGUUGCUUUUUUACUGUGAUUUGUUAAUAAUUUUUGCAUAACAAUGAAAAACGAAUUACCUAAAUUAUAUAUACACGUAAAUAUAAACAACGCUGAUUAGCAACUGAAAAACCAAAUUCCAAAAAAAAAGAGAACAUUUUUUAUAUACAUUUGAGAAAUUUAAUGAUUGGUUUAACUAAUUGGAAACGCCAAAUUUUUUAUAGACUACGACAAAACUAUAAACGAAGAAACAUGAAUGAUGAUUGUUUAAACUUGGUUCCUGUUGAGUAACGAGAAUUGUAAUAUAUAGUGGCAUACAUAUAUAUCUUGAGUUCGAUGUUUAAAAAUAUUAUCCCAUUUGUUUCUGUUUAUGCCGCUAUAUAUAAAGUAACAAAUAUUGUAGACUGCUUUCGAUAAACUGAACAAAUUAAAGAAAUGUUUUGCAUAUACUUACUAUUGCAUAAUCAUACGAACAUAAAUAUAUAUAUUUUUAUAUAUCCCUGUGUUAUGUGUGCGGCAACUAGCAGCAAGAAUUUACGGCACUCGCUCUCCCCGAAAAAAAAAACUCAUUUUGCCAAAUUGCAACCAAUUAGCAAGCAACAAUAAUAGUUGAUAGUGAUUCAACUGAAUUAUACAUUAGCUGACAUUAUAGGCUUCCCCUUCCACGAAUCGAACCCAAAAACACCCAUAAUGAUAGUAGCUGAAUUAUUGCAAAACAAAUUACUUUUACAAUAUGCAUAAGCCGUUGGGACAACUCAAAACUUAAUCGAAAUCAAACAAGACGAACAAAUAUAUGCGUGUAAUGUGUGUAUAAGCUUAAUAAAUAAUUCAAGUAUUUGAAAAUACA